CGAGGCGGAAGCGCGCCGCCUCUCGCCGCGCGCGCUUGACGUGCCGCUGGCGCUGAUGGCGGCGGGGCUGGCUGAGGGUCGCACCGCGGAGGGAGCGCGAGGAGGCGGGGGAAGGCACACGGAGGGCCGGCGGCGCGAGCAGCGACACACCGAGAGGAGCAGCGCGAGGCGCGAAGCGCAAGCAGCGACACACCGAGAGGAGCGGCGGCGCGAGGCGGGAAGCGCGAGGCCGAGCAGCGAGCGAGAGGACGAGGAGGAGCGGCGCGCGCGAGUUCAGGAGCUCCUAUUGGCCGCCUCCGGCCCCGCCCCCCGCUCUACUCCAGCUGCAGUAUUUCCAGUGUUUGUUCCUCGUUGACCUUUAAGGAAGUCUCUCAGCUGCAGAACAAAACAACUAUUUCACCUCCUUUAUCAAUAAUUAGAUAAAUGUAGAUUAGCUUCACCUUGAAGCUACUUGCAGUUAGCAGCUAACAGCUAGCGCAGAUAUUCGAUCGAAUAAAGGACCUGAAAGAAUAUGUAGUUGUACUCCGAUCCUGGUUUUCCGUGUUUUGCUAGCUAACGGCUAGUUAGCGGUGGCGCGGCGCUAGCGUCCGGACAGAGCGGGGGUGCGAUGGAGUACCACUCCGGUGGUAGCCUGCCCCUGCUGGGCAGACCGCGAUACUGCCCCGGGGCCAACGCUAACGGAGGCUACCUGUGUGAGACGGGACACUGCUGCGGGGAAACCGGCUGCUGCACCUACUACUACGAGCUCUGGUGGUUCUGGCUGCUGUGGACCGUCCUCAUCCUGUUCAGCUGCUGCUGUGCGUACCGACACCGGCGAGCCAAGCUGAGGGUCCAGCAGCAGCAGCGGCAGCGGGAGAUCAGCCUGCUGGCCUACCACGGGGCCAACUCCUACCCGUCCUCCAUGCUGGACCUCAGUUUCCUGGCGUCCCUGAAGCUGCCGUCCUACGAGGAGGUGGCGGCUCAGCCCUCCACCCCUCCCCCGCCGUACAGCUCCGUGUUCACCACGCCGCGGUACCCGCAGCCCCCCCGCACCGCCGACCCCCACCUGCUGACGCAGCACGACCCGCUGCUGCACCGGCCCCUGAGCGACGGCCCCUCCUCCCUCAGCUCCGACAACAGCUCCAGUUGUUCCUGUGACUCCUGCUGCCCCUCCUCUCCGUGUAGCUCCUCCCUGUCGGCCCCCGUCACCUACGAGACGGACACGAGCCACGCCACCACGCCCAGCGAGGCCACGCCCCUCGCCUUUGACGUCACGAUGGAGACCAUCGCGGCCGCGGCGACCCGUUUGGAGGUAAACGAGGCGCGGCCGGCGGGCGCCGAGGUGGCCGUCGACAUCGGCGACGAAGACGGCGCCGAAGCUCGGGAACCGGAUGCCGAGGACUCGCUGGUUACCGUUGCGGUGGUUACCGGGGCGACCUCCCCUCAGCCGCUGCCCUCUUCUGGUUCAGAGGUUCCCGUUGGAACAACAUGUCCCAUGAAGCAACAGCUCGACUUCACACCGCGGAGCCCAAUGGUCAGCGCCGGUAGCCCAAUGGUCAGCGCCGGUAGCCCAAUGGUCAGCGCCGGUAGCCCAAUGGUCAGCGCCGGUAGCCCAAUGGUCAGCGCCGGUAGCCCAGUUCCUCUCCCUAGUCCAACCGUUGACUCAUUACUUCCCUCCAUUCAAACCAUUGAGAGUCCAGCUGAGGACCCCAAAACCACCUUCAUGUCCGGCCCCUCCACCCUAACAGAAAGCAGUCCUGACACCCUGACCCUCAGAACCCUCCAUCUCACGAGAACUUUUGAUACAGCCGAUGUUCCUGGGAGUCCAAACUCAGCCCCAACCCCAGAAGUUGGAAGAACUUUGGUCUUAACAGACUCUGCUAGCCCCUCAACCCCGGACCCAAAUCCUAGUCUUGUGCCAACUCCGGCACCUUUAAACCAUACCCCAGCUCCAGCCCCAGUACCUUCCAAACUGACCCAAGUUCUAGAACCAGGACCCACAAACCGUAUCUCUGUUUCAAACCCAACACUAGUAAACCUUACCCAACCUUCCACCCGAGUGCCAAACCUACGACCUAAAAUCACCAUAGCGUCAGACUGUGAAACGAACCCCGAUCUGAAACCUGCACCUCCUGACCCGACGCUUGCUUCGCCUACAUUAGCCCAGUGCCAGUUUCUAGAACUGUCCCCCGAGUCCGAUGUAGCGCUGGUUCCUCCCAGCCCGAUGUCAGGCUCAGCCCACUACCCAGAGUCUGCUGCAGUUCUUGUAUCUGAUCUCCAUCCAGCUGCAGCACCAGCUGGUUCAGGUCCUUCUGGGGUCCCGUCUCAAUCGCCAGACUCGGACCUUCUCAGUCCAUCGGCAUUCAAUGUCCAGGCUGGUUUAGGUUCUGGUUCUGGAUCUGCAUCAAAACUCUCCAGUGUUGGUUCCAGACCAGGUGCCCCAGUGCUCUCCUUCACUACACCUGCCUCUUCCUCUUCCUCCUUCCCAUCCAUAACCAUAGAGUCUUCUUUCACGCCCUGCCAGUCCCCCGUUGCAGCCCUCUCCCCAUCCUCCCCCCUUCCUUCCUCCCCUUCCCUCCCAGCCCCGGCGUUACUCCUCGACCCCCUCACCGCUCUGCACCAGUGCAACAAAGGUGGCUCUUCCCCCGGCCACGCCUCCUCCCUCUCCCCCUCGCCUCGCGCCACCCAGUCUCCCCCCAAACAGACCCUCUUCUCGCCCUGCGUGGACGUGUUUGAACCAGGACCUCCAUGCUGGGAGGACGGGGAGGAGGAAGAGGAGGAGGACAAUGACGACGAUGAAGAUGAGGACAUGGGAGCCGACGAGAGCCAGUAUCGACAUCGUCGACUCACCGGUGACUCCGGCAUCGAGGUGUGCCGGUGUCGGGUAGAAGAGGAGGAGGAGGAGGAGGAAGAGGAGAAGGAGGAGGAGGGGGCAAGGAAGGAGGAUGGCAGGAGAGGAGGAAGUGCGGAGAGGGAUAAAAAUACAGGUGGAGACACUGAUCUCCACGACAGCGUGGACUGCCCCGCCAGAGGUCACACCACCACGGGGGAGGGGCUCAGACCGCGUAACUCCGCCUCCACGGCCACGCCGACCACCGAGGACGGCGGCAAAGUGGUCAUCGUCAUGGAGACCGUGUGAUCGGCGGACGCAGGCGGGUCAAACCAUUAGUCAUCCGGACACGGGAUGAACAGGAAGUUAACGAUGGGGGUCGAGCCCGAGGGUUUCAUCUGUCACGGGUUGUGAAGGUGGAGAAGUCACAUGACUGAACAUCUUCAGCCCGGCAGCAGGAAGCUUGUUCCAGCCGACGCGGUUCGGAGUAUCUGCAGCGAGAGGUUUGACUCGGCUGUCGGCUCAUUUGGAAAAUGUCAAAAGAAGAAUUCGGACCCCCGAUCCCAACUGUCGCUUUUUACAGAAUACACACAAAAUAUUUAGCUAGCCACCAUUUUGUAACUUUGGAGAGUAGACACGACGCUACUUGAGGUGCAUUGUGGGAAAUGUGGGAUCUAGUGUUUCGGGAGACUGGUACUAGAAACUGGAACCAGUAUAUUGUUUAGAUCUGUCAUUUUAAGUCCUGUUCCUUGGAAGAAUCCCCAUCCGGAGUUCUUCUGGUUGAAACCUCCAUGUUUACGAGCUCGUCGUCACAAGCACAUCCGUCCCGUCAGCAGGAACGCUCGGUUCCAUCGCGGGACCCGACAUAUCUUGAUGCACAUUCAACAGACGGAGAUGCAUAUCCACUGAGCUGAUGUGGCGUUCAGGUCAUGCGGGAGUUAAGGGAACUAUCAGAUAUCGACGUCAAUGUCAAGUCGGAGUUAUAAUUGGGAGACUCCAGAAAUGCAACGUUGCACAUUAUAAGAACCAGAAAGAGCAAAUAUUGAUCCUAAAAACAUGGUUUAAGCUACUCAAACGCUAAAGUUUGGGAUGUAAUCCCGUUGGUUCCUUUAACCGCUCACGCCAACAGUUCUGCAACGGAGUCGUCACAUGACUUUUAAAUGGUUGAGCAUUGCGCAGAAGACGCCUCGCUCGUCUUCGGGCGAUGACGAAGGCUCGGCUCCAUGAAGCAGGAGAGACUCCGUCCGGUAUGGAAGGUUUCUGGGUUGGUCUUUCUGUGCGUCAGCCUUUUGGGAGAGAAAAAGCUUCUUGCAUAAAUAAGAAUAAACAAUGGCCACUUUUACACGGAAAACAAAGCACCAAACAACAGCCGGGAAGGCGUCAUCGCUCCGGUCUUUGUCUCCUGAGUUCUGAGGUCAGACACAACGAUGUUCAGUCCCAACGCUAAAAUAUUCCCUUUCGCUUCGUGCAUCUCUCCAUUCAGAGACACUCUGCUUUCUUUUGAUGAUUCAGAACCCUCAAUUCUAAGUAAAACUGCACAUCACCUGCAAGAUUCACCCAACAAGUCAAACUAGUUGACAGCAACCGUAUUCCUGUACAGCAAAUGAUUUAGGAUUUAUUCUUAGAAAAACAUAAAGGUAUAUUUUGUCAAUUGUAGAGAUUAGAGUAAUUAGAUCCUGUAAUGAGUGAAGAGCAAUAUUUUUCAUCAGAAACAGGUCAACUGCCUCAGAGAGCAAUCUUGUGUCAUUGAUGGUUAAAAUCCUCCAGUUUUAAUCUGAAAUAUUACACACUGGUUUUCUACCUUUUCUUUGGGAUGGAACUCUUUCUAAAACCCUCUGAACUAAAUUUAAAAAGCAUCAGUUUUCACAGCGGCGGUAUAAUGAUUGUAAAGGCUGGUGUCGUUUCACGGAGGUAGAGUUCAAAACGAAUGAAACAAACUAAUAGCUUGACGUUUAGAAAUAAACUAAAAGUAAAGACAAACUAAAGCAUUUCUCGUGUAAAUAUAAAAUUUGCUUCAAAGUCAGUCGGAGUGUAAAAGUGAGACGUCUCUCAGCUGUUUCCUCAAACCUGCUCCCACAAAGUGCACUUUGUCUUAUGUUCACAGUUCAUGUCAGUCGUGUUGGAACAGGUUCACCAUUACCUGAUGUUCCUGAACUACACGUUAGAACGAAAUGGAAAAGACACAGAGUUUAUCGGCUUGAACCAGAACUCGUCAAACGUUGCCCUAGCGAGGGAUCCAGAAGGGGCGUCCAGAAGGGGCGUCCAGAAGGGGCGUAUAGAAGGGGCGUCCAGAAGGGGCGUAUAGAAGGGGCGUCCAGAAGGGGCGUAUAGAAGGGGCGUCCAGAAGGGGCGUCCAGAAAAAGCUAAUCCUGACUGACUAAUCCCGCCAUCACCGCCCACAAUGGCGGCGACUUCCGUCCACCGAUCGACAGCUGGAUGUUUGAUCCCGAUCGACUCGGCCGUCAGUUUGAGAAACCAGCGAGCACAAGAUUGGAUUCAUAAGCGGCCGGAUGGAAGCGAUCCCAUCUCUUGUUUGUUUUUGUGGCUGAAUUCACAGAUAAAGAAAUCUGCCUUCGACGUGGACUUUGCAGAUUUCUGCGAUGGCGUCCCCCCCCAACCCCCCGACAUUUGUCGAGACUCUGAAGGACCUCCUCGAGACCGCUCAAGAGGGAUACCGAGCCGUUGAUGUUGUGGUUGAUGGUGUUUUUUUGUUUUUUGUUUACCUGAACUACUAAGGUUAUAUAUCUCUAUGGUUACUGAGUGCCAUCUCUCUUAGCGUUAGACGGAGCUGUUCUCGCUCCGCGUGGACGUCAGAGUGACCGUUGUUUAAAUCUGUCCGUUGUAGCUCGGGUUCCCAAGAGCUGCUCUGGGAUCAGCCUCGGGGGAAACAACAACAACACAACGUCACUUUGGAUUUCAGCCCCGAAAGUUUCCCUCACAGAACCAGGAGAGAAAGAACCAACGAUUGGAGGGAUCCCCUUCAGACCCACCGGCACUACUGCCGAGCUCACUGAGCGGAAGGAGGUCCCAAACGGGAUUCGGUUGGUUCCCAUUGGUGUCGGUGGGCGCCAGCUCUUCCAUGGUUGGGGGUUAAAUUCCAAACGUUCACUCUCUGGUGCUGUGAGGCAUUUAGGGGUUGAAGCCGAGGCUGAUGUCAGGGCCGGAGCUUUGGAAACGUUGUCUUUGUUUUAGUUGGGAAUCGAACCAGAGCUGUUUUUUGUUUUAUUUGUUAGCACGUCGGUGGACGAAGAUCUUCAAAAAAUUUCCUCUCUGAAGAAGACGAGUUCCACUCUGACCGGGUUCACCUUCACGGGUCAGAUUUAGUUUCUCAUAAAAGAAUCGACCUCGACUGAAGCUGGAGAUAAAGAUUCUUUAUAAAUCAUCUGCCCACAAACAGACCCAGACUAGAACAGACCUGAUCCAACCGACCCAGACUAGAACAGACCUGAUCCAACAGACCCAGACUAGAACAGACCCAGACAAGAACAGACCUGAUCCAACAGACCCAGGCUAGAACAGACCUGAUCCAACCGACCCAGACUAGAACAGACCUGAUCCAACAGACCCAGACUAGAACAGACCUGAUCCAACCGACCCAGACUAGAACAGACCUGAUCCAACAGACCCAGACUAGAACAGACCUGAUCCAAACGACCCAGACUAGAACAGACCUGAUCCAACCGACCCAGACUAGAACAGACCUGAUCCAACCGACCCAGACUACAACAGACCUGAUCCAACCGACCCAGACUAGAACAGACCUGAUCCAACCGACCCAGACUAGAACAGACCUGAUCCAACCGACCCAGACUAGAACAGACCUGAUCCAACCGACCCAGACUAGAACAGACCUGAUCCAAACGACCCAGACUAGAACAGACCUGAUCCAACCGAUCCAGACUAGAACAGACCUGAUCCAAACGACCCAGACUAGAACAGACCUGAUCCAACCGAUCCAGACUAGAACAGACCUGAUCCAACCGACCCAGACUAGAACAGACCUGAUCCAAACGACCCAGACUAGAACAGACCUGAUCCAAACGACCCAGACUAGAACAGACCUGAUCCAACCGACCCAGACUAGAACAGACCUGAUCCAAACGACCCAGACUAGAACAGACCUGAUCCAACCGACCCAGACUAGAACAGACCUGAUCCAACCGACCCAGACUAGAACAGACCUGAUCCAACCGACCCAGACUAGAACAGACCAGGUUUGGGUCUGGAUCUAAGCUCCAUGUGCUGCAGUACCGUUGUUGGCCAGAGACCCUCCUGUCUGGAUCUCGGCCUCAUUAAAUGUUCAUGAUCUGUUUCGGGGCUCUUCUGGUCAACAGGAAGCGGCUCCUCGUCGCCUCCUCUGCUUCCUGUUUCAUGAGACUUCAGAUCCUCAACGUGACGACGACAACGACGCUAAUUAUUAGUAAUCCUAAAUUAAUAGUGAGUGUGUGUGUGACCUAACUAAACCAGCCUGUUCUAAAAGUGUGUGAAGAUAUCCUGAAUAAAGCGGUCAGAUCUAC